AAAUAAGCUGCAAUGGAGUUCAAGUUCUGGAGAAGGAACAAGCGUGAUUAUGGAGUCAAUUGCAUCUUCAAACAGACAUAAGACUUGACAAACAGCCCCAUCCCUCAAAACAGAGCCCUUGAAGCAGCAAUGAUGAGAGGGAGUUGGAGUGAGACAGUUUGUGCCAGGUACUUCGGAGUUGUCUAGUAACUUGCUAUUGGGAGGGGGAGGGACUUAUCCAGGUGGGGAGGAGGACCAGUCUUCACUGGGAUCGUUGCCCUCAGAGAACAAGGGAGGCGGGAGUCAGAGGACUGAAACAGCCAGUGACCCAGCCACCUCCCACAGCUCUGUAGAAAAAGAAAGACUCAGAGAGAAGCUCUUUAAUGAGGGGCAGAGACCAGGAGGCGGUGGCCAGAUCUGAAGCUCUGUAGCUCUGAGGAGUUCCUUGAAUCUGCUGGCUCAGCAGGGCAUGCAUGGGGCCUUCCCUCACUGCCUCCUAAGAUUACAAGGCAAAGAGUGAGAGUGACUAUUCCUCCGUGCCCAGAAGCCCCUUGACAACGAGCCAUGGACUCCACCUUCUCUUUCGGGGUGAUCCUUGCCACCCUGGCCUCCCUCAUCAUUGCAGUCAAUGCCCUGGUGGCCGUGGCAGUGUUUCUCCUGAUCCAUAAGACAGACAGCAUAAGCCUCUGUUUCACCUUGAAUCUGGCUGUGGCUGAUACCCUCAUUGGUGUAGCCAUCUCUGGCCUCAUUGAUGACCAGCUCUCCAAUCCAGCCCAUUCCACCCAGAGGACCCUGUGCAGCCUCCGCAUGGCCUUCGUCACCUCUUCCUCAGCAGCUUCUGUCCUCACCGUGAUGCUGAUCGCCUUUGACAGGUACCUGGCCAUUAAGAAGCCUUUCCACUACUUCCAGAUCAUGAAUGGGCCACUGGCUGGGACCUGUGUGUCUGGUCUGUGGCUGGUGUCCUACAUCAUUGGCUUCCUCCCACUGUGGGUGCCCUUCUUCCAGCAGGGCACCUACCAGGGUCCCUGCAGCUUCUUUGCUGUAUUCCACCCUCGCUUUGUUCUGACUCUCUCCUGUGGGGGCUUCUUCCCUGCCCUUCUACUCUUCACUUUCUUCUACUGUGACAUGUUCAAGAUUGCCUCCCUGCACAGUGAGCAAAUCCGGAAGAUGGAGCAUGCAGGGGCCCCGGGAGGCCAGUGCCCUGCCCCCCGGGGGGCUGGGGACCUCAAGGCCCUCCGAACUGUGGCUAUCCUCAUCGGGAGUUUCACACUGUCCUGGGCCCCAUUCCUCAUCACCGGGAUGGUGCAGGCUACCUGCCAGGAGUGUGAGCUCUAUGAAGUGCUCGAGAGCUACCUGUGGCUGCUUGGUGUGGGCAACUCUCUCCUCAAUCCACUCAUCUAUGCCUACUGGCAGAAGGAUGUACGUAUGCAGAUCUACCAGAUGGCUGUGGGAGUGAAAAAGAAAUUCGUCCUGCUUUUCUUCAUCCUUCCCAGGGACCCCGGCCCAGGGGAACCCAGGGAGAGCUCCUGCCACAUCGUCACUAUCUCCCACCCCCAACUGUAGGGCUAAGACGACGGUAAGGGCAGAGAAGCUUGCCAAUCAGUAUACCUGGGUCUCCUACUUCCUAGUUUUAUGCCCUUAAGUAAGUCCCUUUCCCCCUCUGGGUCUCGGGCAAAAUGACAACUCGGCAGAUGAUUUCUUGGGUCCCCUCUACUUUUGACAUUCUCUGAUUCUAUGGUCUGUCCUAAGGUCCUUCUGUGGGUCCAAACUCCUGUGAUUCUGUGUAACUCCCUCCCCUCACCCCACAACUCUAGAGGUCCGAAGUUAUAUCCCUUCCAGCAAGAGAAAUAAACCUGACCAUUGGGAUCUUCCAUCUCCUUGAGGCAGGGUCUCCCACCUCUGCCUUUCCAAAUCUCCCCAUCGGGAAAAGAAGCCCCUGUCUCCUAAGCCAUCAGCUGAGAUAAGCCAGUUUCUCUUCCCGUCUAGGAGGACUGACUAGUCACUCUGUGUCCCCUGGAAAGUUGGAUGCGAAUCAAAUUUUACUUCAGAGGAGCCUUGUAUCAAACAGGGAUCAUCCUGGAUUUGUCUUGUCAAAUAAGGUUUUUCAGUGUAUUUGUAUAAGAAUAUCUGUACUACCAGCCAUUCCCCAGGUCCUUUCCAAGCACUGUGUCCAGCCUUGUGUCUCCCUGGGACAAACCUGAUUUCCCCAAGUGUUUCUCCCCCUUCCCCUUUGGCAAUGUACCUGCCCUACCUCUUUGCUCUGUAACUAAAAAGUGAAUCCCCAAGGUGUCUCUUGCCUGCUGUCAGCCCACAUCAGUGAUAUGUAGCUAUUGGGUGCUCAAUAAAUGCUUGCUGCCUUCAAUGCA